CCGUCAUUUCCUCGUGCAUUGCAGUCAGCUACGGAUUGGAGCGUGAACUAACCGAGAAGAGUGUGAACUCCGAACAUGGGCAUCCCUGGCCUACUGCAGUUCAUCAAAGAUGCAGGAGAGCCAAUCAAUGUGAAGAAAUAUAAAGGCCAUACUGUGGCUGUGGACACAUACUGUUGGCUUCAUAAAGGAGCAUUUUCAUGUGCUGAGAAGCUCGCUAAAGGAGAACCAACUGAUCAGUAUGUAUGGUACUGUAUGAAAUACGUGGACAUGCUGUUUUCCUUCAAUGUGAAACCAAUUCUGGUAUUCGAUGGACGUAAUCUACCUUCAAAACGAGAAGUGGAAAAGGCUCGCAGAGAGCGUCGAGAAGCAAACCUCCAAAAAGGCCGGCAACUGCUACGAGACGGCAAACUUUCUGAGGCCAGAGACUGCUUUACCCGGUGUAUCAACAUCACUCCAGCCAUGGCACAUAAUCUGAUUAAGGCCGCGAGGGCGAGGGGAGUAGAUUGUGUCGUGGCCCCAUAUGAGGCUGAUGCUCAACUGGCAUACCUGACCAAGUCUGGUUUGGCUCAUGCAGUCAUCACGGAAGACUCUGACCUUCUGGCAUUUGGCUGUAAAAAGGUGAUCCUAAAAAUGGACAAGGAGGGAAACGGCCUGGAGAUUGACCAGCGCAACCUUGGUCGAUGUCGCUCCCUGGGCAACGUUUUCACGGAGGAGAAGUUUCGCUAUAUGUGCAUACUCUCUGGCUGUGACUACCUGGCCUCUCUGCAUGGUAUUGGCCUGGGCAAGGCCUGCAAGCUGCUGAGACUGGCAAAAGACCCUGAUAUCCUUAAGGUGAUCAAGAAAAUGGGCCAGUACUUAAAGAUGGAUCUCGCAGUCCCUGAAGAGUACAUUGAAGGAUUUGUCCGAGCCAAUCAAACCUUUCUUUACCAGUUGGUAUUUGAUCCUGUCAGCAGGAAGAUUGUCCCCCUCAACCCAUAUGCAGAGGACAUCAACCCGGCCACUCUCAGUUAUGCCGGAGUGCCUGUCGGAGAAGACACAGCCUUGCAGAUGGCCUUAGGGAACCUUGACAUCAACACAAUGGAGAAGAUUGAUGACUUCAACCCAGACAAUCCUAUGACACAGCCCGCAAAACACCGCAGUCGCAGCUGGAAUGAGAGCAGGGUCCCCGGUCCUGCUGGGCUCAGUAUUUGGAGUAGUAGUAGGAAGGUGACGUCAAUUGCACCGGCCCAGCCUUCUGCCUCCCCUGACAGGCCCCCGUCCACCAGGGGGAAGGAGAGAGUCAUCAACCUGGCUAAGGUCAGGCUUCCCUGCAAAACCGUGCAAGUGAAGAGACCGCGAGAAGACAGGAGUCUAUCAGAUCAAGAUGUUCUGCAGCAGUACUCCUCCAUUGUAAAGCGAUCCAAGUCAGACCAGCAGCCAGAAACAUUAAAGUUAAUACCAAUCGGUCUGCCACGGCCACGCAACCGCUUUGCCACACUCCUGCAGAGGAGGAACCAGGAUGUCGAUGACGAAGACCAGGCCAUGAGCAGCAGAUUCUUCAGCAAUUCCAGUUCAGCUGCCAUCAAUAUAAAGGAAUCUGCUCAGGUGGGUUUCGGUCAGAGUGUGGGGCCCCAAGCUACAAGCCUUCUUGAGCACACUUCCAUGCCCGACUGCUCAGAAGGGCCCGAAGCUCCAAGCGUGGAAACACCCAGCCCACCUCCUUCUCCGAAUCGCACAUCCCCCCAUUCAGGCAGUCAGGGCCUCAGACUCUUUAACUGGUCAGACGGUUCGCCCCCGACUGAUCGAUCACAGACACUGAAGUCUAGUUUAGGCCUGGAUGGCCUGCAGCAGUUCCAGUAUAAGAAGGACCGUCUCUCCUUAUCCACCAAGUCCUCAGUUCACAGAAGCCCAAAAGAGGAUGACAACCUCAAAGUCUCUCUUUCUUCCCAGUACAGCGCCUAUUUUUCCCAGUCCCAGCCUUCCCUUGUUUCUUUAUACAAAGAAGAAACACUCCACUGUGGCCACAACUUCUCCUGUUCAGUGCCCGAAAUGGAUUCUGAGUCCGAGCAGAGUCCCACGUGCUCCAACGAAGCCGGGGAUACAUUUGGAAUGUUACAAUUAAAGGUCACAGGUCUGUCAAAGCCCAAGAAGCUUAAAAGUCUGGUUAAAGCCACAAAGGUGCACACAUUGGGCCCAGCAAGGGCCAGUGGAUUGAGGAAGAAAUCCUCCACAAACAACGCUAGUCUCCAGGCCACCAUCAGUAGUCUGUGGAAAAAGUACAGCUUGAAAAAGUAACUUUUUUUGGAGGGGGUCAUGUUUUUAAGUAAUAGAAGCAUAGUCUUUGAAUGCGAAACUGAUCGCACUGUACUUGAACCCUGCUGGAUUGGAAGCCAGAUCGACUGAUUCCGACUCCAUUUCUGUAAACAAACUGGUAUUUUGACUGAUCGUGGCUGUGAUGCUUAUAUCCAUGACUUGUUAAAAAAACCCUUGUAUUUGUUUUUUUUGAGACACCGAAAAGACGACGUCUCGCAAGAAAGGAGAGCCGAUGUCUGCGCUUGAAUGCAAUCUGUUGGCUAGUUCACAGCAGACAAAUGCCUCACAAUCAGCCA